AUGCCAGCUAUAAAUCCAUGGCCUGAAACAGGAAACAACACCUUUUUUGUGCUGCAAAUCACUGAUAUUCAUUUAGAUUUUCUUUAUCAGCCUGGAUCUCAAUCAUCUAACUGUAACUCUCCCCUUUGUUGUAGAAAUGGUGAAGGCGAUGCAGGAUACUGGGGCACUCGUGCAGUUUGUGACCUUCCCCCUCACACCCUUUUAGCAUUUUUACAAGAUUUUAAGCAGUAUAAUAUUUCUUUUGUAGUAUGGACAGGUGAUAAUUCUCCUCAUGACCAGUGGAAUUAUGAUAUAGACCAAGUUUUGAACUAUACAAAAACCAUCACGAAAUGGUUUAAAGAAUACAUAGACGUUCCUGUAUUCCCAGUUAUAGGAAACCAUGACUGUUUUCCUAUGGAUUUCUUCAACCCAGGCCACGAACAAGUUUUAAUAGGAAAUUUAAGUGAAUGGUGGGAAGGGUGGCUUAGUCCUGAAGAAAUUCAACAGUUUUCUAUUAAUGGAUUUUAUUCAGCAUUAGAACCAAAUACUGGGUUUAGGGUAAUUGGGAUUAAUAAUAUAUUGGGAGACAACUUAAAUAUAUUUUUAGUCCCCAAUAAUACAGAUCCCAGCCAAAUGCUGGAAUGGCUGAGAAAUGAGCUAUAUCAAGCUGAAAAAAAUAACGAGCCUGUUAUUAUUAUAGGACAUAUACCAAAUGGAGACAAAUUCUUGGACUCAGAUUGGGCAAGACAUUAUAGGGUAAUUGUUAACAGAUUCCAAAAUAUCAUUAGAGGACAGUUUUUUGGGCAUACUCAUUAUGAUGAAUUUACUGUAGUAAAUUCUAUAAUCCCAAAUACUAAAAACCCAGGAGUUAUCCAUACUGCCCCUGCUUUUACAACGCACUCAUAUAUAAAUCCGUCAUUCAGACUGUACGAGUAUGAUUGGGAAACCAAACAUCUUGUAAACAUUCAUCAAUACCGACUGCCGCUUUAUCAAGUAAAUCAAGGACCUUCUGAAGCGGUUUUUGAAAAGGCUUAUGACUAUAAAGGAUUGUAUAAAAUGAAUGAUAUGUCGCCUAGCUCUUUUGAGCUUAUAGCAGAGCAAGUUUUAAAUGACGCUGGGUUUGCUCAGAAGUUUUAUGAAAACUGGCUGUCACAAUAUCCAGAUGAGGCUGGGCAAUGUGACGAAAAAUGCCAAAAAUCGUUGUAUUGCAGACUUACAAGUGAUGUUUUUAAUGAAGCGGUUACUUGUGAUGUGGAUAAUAAGUCGAGCUAUCUUCUCUAUAGAGUGUUAGAAGCUUGGCAAGGUCCUUGGGAGUACAUAAGUGAAUAA